ACUCCAACCGGUAAGAGGAGAUUGUAUUACAGUACAUCUGCGUAGCCUACUAAAAGUAGAUAUAAUACAUGACAUAUAUAUAUAUCACUUAAAUGUUCUAUACGUACUGUAUUCUAUAUUGGUGUUUCGAACCGUGUACAUAAUGGAACACUUUAGUUAAUUUCAUAUCUGGUUUGAUGAAGCAAAUAACUAAUGCGAAAUUGUCAUGGAAGAGUAACAUUCUGUGAAAUUGAUUCGGAAUAAAGGAAGGUAUUGGUGAAAAUAAAGUGAUCAUCGUGUCAUAGAGUUGCCUAUACUGUGGACUUUGAGGAAAUGAAUGAUCGGCACCAGUGAUGUGACCUGCCCACAGCAUGGAUGAAGCAAAAGUUAAAAAGCGCUCGAGUUACGUGAAAGGUCUGGUCAGUCUUACCACGCCCCUGAGUGACCUCGAGCUCCUAAAGCUGUCCGAGGAGAUCAGCCCAAUGACUGGCGAAAGCUCUGCUUCCGACUAGGCAUCGAUGAACCGACUGUAGCCCGAGCCGAGCGGGAGAAUCAGACCAAUCUUGCUGAAGGAAUCCACAAGACACUGGUACAAUGGAGGAAAGGACAGCUGGAGAACGAGGAGAGGGCGGUGUUGCUGGAAGCCCUUAUCUCUUGUGGACUGCGACGCCUUGAAGAUAGACUUACAAGAGGUUUUCCAAAGCGCAUUGGAAGUGUAAAGACUGCCCAGGGUCCCUUCUGCACCGCCCUCAACGUGGAUCAAUGCCGCAAGGAACUCAUGAACAACUACCGGACAUCACUUUGUAUGAUCCAGCUAGUUCCUUGGGAUCCCAACUCCCAUGUCAACAUGAGCAGCAUUUUCACCAAUGUCUGUCUCAUCACGGAAGAUACCUCUACAGCCGAUAAGCAAUGGGUCAUGUUGCCUGGAUCCUACAAUGAUAUCCUGAAGGUUAAGGUCAACAACGCUAAGCCACUACGGAUCCUCAUCGAGGGUAAGGCUGGGAGUGGGAAGACCACUCUGAUGUCUAAGUUAGCUUAUGAUUGGAUGGAACAAUCGAAGGAUUCACCUCUCAAAGAUGUCCCACUCGUCAUCUGCCUUCAGCUCCGUCAUCUCAACCAGGACGACGACUUCGGCGAGGCUGUAGUUGAGUACCUGCUUCCUGAAGAUACUCUCAUCACCCCACAGCAGAUAGAAGAGUACGCCCAGGCCAACCCAGAGAAGGUCGUGAUCCUCCUUGACGGAUAUGACGAGUUCAUGUCGGACAUCCAUGGUAUCAAGGGCCUAGGAAACAUCCUCAGAAUCAUCGAGAACAAGCGACUGACCGGAUGUCGUGUCAUUGUGACAUCCAGACCAUGGAAGGCUACAGACUUCAAAGACCACCAUCUUGCCAAGCACUAUGCCCACAUGACUGUUGAAGGAUUCUCAGAAGAGAGCUCGAAGGUAUUCAUCCACAAGUACUUCCAAGACAACCUUGAGCUUUCGGACAGCCUUCUGGCUUAUCUGAAGGAUAACCCUGCUAUCCAGACAGUUACACCCUUCCCUCUGUUCUGUGCGAUGCUCUGUCAGGUAUGGAAAGAAGAGAGUGAUGUACACAGAGAGGCAAUGAAAGCCAUCGUCACCCUAAGCAAGCUCUUUGAUCAUAUCUUGAGAUAUCUCUGGGCCCACCACGACCAGAAGCAGCUCACUGGAACCAGGAAGGGAAAGGAAUUGUCGAAGAGAGUGACUCUGACCCGGAAGAGGAAAACAUCCGCUCGCUUGAAGAUGGACAUAGGCGUUUGUCUCAAACGUCUUGGGAAGAUCGCACUAGAGGGUCUCAUCAGCCCUGACAAGAAGCUCCAAUUCAGUGAGGUGGACUUCAAGAAAUGCUCCGACGUCCUUCAAGUGGCAUGCUCUGUUGGACUUCUAAUCCGUCAGAAGGGUAAGAUAACAACUUCCCGGAGGUUGUCGAGACAAGAGUCAAUCCCCAAUCAUGGAAUCACCUUCUUUCACAAGUUGGCCCAAGAAAAGUGUGCAGGAAUCUACCUGUCUUCUAUGUGCACAAAGCAACCGAAGAAAUUUGUGCAAACCCUCAAAGAUGUCUACCUCUUGACUAGAGCAGACGAGUUCCGGUAUGUUUUGCAAUUUGCCUGCGCCGAGGACCUGUACACAGCGAAGAAGAUACUCAGACACAUGCCGAACAUUACGCCUUAUCAAAAGUUAGCAUUGGAAUGUAACUUUGAGAGUCAAUCCAAGACCAAGUCCAACAAGAGACUAUCCAAGUUCUUUGUGAGUCAACGACUGUUCAUGACUGGGAGACCAUCUACCUACUCAUUCAACGCCCUUGAAUACUAUCUAAGCAACAGUGAGAUCCUCAGUCCUGAUGAUGUAUCCACCAGCUUCCUUUACUUAGCUACUGAUGGCGUGGGUCCAGCCCAGCUCGACAAGCUUACCAACGUUUUGAAUCAACCUCAACUGCAGUUCAUGAUCCAGUUCAACAUGGAUCAGUCACGCAUCCAAGGGCCUGACGUCAAAGCCUUCAUCGAAUCACUCUCCCAGAAAGAGUACAUUGGCGUCCUUGUGAUGUCGUCAAGCGUUGCUGGUGAACAGUUUGUGGAAAGUCUUCUAGAAAUCCAGAAAGAUGGCCUUGAAGCAAUGGUCAUGAUGUACCUACCAAUGCUCGAUGCCAGGUGGGCCACCGAUAUCCUGAGGAAACUCCCUUCCAUAUGCCCGAGGAUCGGAGCACUUGAAGCUACCUUCACGACUGAUGAGACUGAAGAAGAGAAAGAUAACUCAGAUGAAGGUACUGAAACCGAGAUCUUCCCUGAUGACACUGGGGAAGCAUCCUCAAAAUCGAAGGUAAGCGGAAACGAUGAAAGCUGUCCAUUUUCUGAACUCAAUACACUGUCGAUUAAGGGAUGUGUUCUCUGUCAGAAGGGGUCUGUGCAGCUGGCAACGACCUUGUCUCUUGCGGAAAAUCUGGAGAAACUUCACCUGACAAAGCCAUCCUUGCACGGUUCGUUCUACUCCAAUCUGGCUACCCUCAACAGUCUUCGUGAAUUCUCUGUCAAGGAUUACACGUACGGGCUGUUCCAUCUCGACGAGUUCCUAGAGAAGUGCCCAAUCUUGGAAGACGUUUACGUUGCAGCCGUUGAGAGCCAGACUCACAGUGUGAAUGGUGUCAUGAAGUCUCUUACCAAUGCAGUAGCUCACACUCCUAUGCUGAGGAGCAUCACUCUCUGGUUUCCUGGUGAAGGUAGUUUUCGAGAAGGUAGGAUAGAGGAUGUAGUCUUCGAGGAUUUCUGUGACGCCAUCCUGAGAAACACUCACCUCUCCAAGCUUCUCCUCUGGCAUGUCCCUCUUGGGACUCAGCUGGUAAUCAAGCUACUGGAAGUUUGCAAGCAGCACAGGAAUCUGAUUACUAUCAGACUUAGCCGAUGCUACUCACUGGACUGUGAUCGAAUUGGUGAGCUAUGUAGUGAACUGCAUGACAUCGGCCGACGAGUUUACGUUGCUCAUGGGCACUAGACGAGCCACUAGAGAGGUCUAUCCUACAUAGCAACGCACACUGAUGAAUUAAACUCCGGGAAUGGACCUCAACAAGCCAAGAAUGUUCAUGAUACAAUUUAGACUCGUAUUCAAUCUAGUUUAUUCUACACAAUUAUUAUGCCUAUCUUUUAAAGAUAUUCGUAGUUGAAGAGAUGGAGAGAGAAAAAGAGAGAGAAAGGGGGAAUAAAAGAGAGGGGAGAAGAUGGAGGACGGUAGGGGGUCAAGGAGUAAAAAGUGAAAAGAAAGGAAAGAGAGAGGGGUGAGAGAGAGAGAGAGAGAGAGAGAGAGAGAGAGA